AUGUUCAGCCUUCAGUCCUUGCAGCGAUACGUUUACCUCGAGCCUCCUUCUAGGUGGUGCGCCCUGGCGACGUAUUUUUUCCGCCAGGUGCAUGACCUCAACUACGAAAUGCAGCUCCUUUUCGUUUACUGUGACGGAGUAGCGGCUGUCGUCAGGGAGCCGUUACUCAGGAAUCCACACCUCCGUACUUGCGGGUUCGAGUGGCUGUCGGAGGGGAGGGCCGUGGCGACGAGGUGUAGCGUUAAGGCUUCCAAUUUCAAGAAAGCAAAUUCUCCUCAUUUAUUGAUUCUGAAACUCUUGCCAUUUUAUUCUGCACAGGGAUGGUUUGCUGGAAGAAACUUGGCAGCUUCUCAGGUCACAACUAAAUACCUUCUUUGGGUGGAUGAAGAUUUUUUAUUCACAAAACAGACAAAAGUGGAAAAGUUGUUGGAAGUAUUAGAAAACACAAACUUGGACGUGGUUGGUGGCUCAGUAAACGGUAAUCGUUUCCACUUUAGGCUGUGGUAUGAAUAUGGAAAUCCUGAUGAUGGAGAAUGCUUGUUCUCAAAGGCUGGGGGCUUUCAUCCCUUGAAUGGGUUUCCAAACUGUGUGAUAACCAGUUGUAUGACUGAGUUUUUCAUUGACGGACUUGGCAGAUUGCUCGUGGGAUCGUGCAAUGAUGUCAUUGUUGGACAUCAAACGCACCAGAGUCCAAAAAAUGACACACAGAAAGCAGUUGAACAAAAAUAUGCAAGGUUUCGACGGCCCUCGAGGCAUGACACAGAUUUCAAACUUGCACUGCACUAUUUCAAAAACCAUUUAAAAUGUUACACCAAGAUUUAAUGGGUAAGAUUGUACAUUUCUAUUCCUGAUGAAGGGCUUUUGCCCAAAACAUUGAUUUUCCUGCUCCUCGGAUGUUGCCUGAACUGUUGUGCUUUUCCAGCACCACUCUAAUCUAGACCCAUAAUCUUGACGGACCAUUCCACGAGCUCUAUCUCAUCAUUAUCUCCAUCAGCCUCUCCACUCCCUUGAUGUUAUUGGGCUGCUUCUUUAAUAACCACUCCUGGAUACAGUGAACAUUUCGGCAAUUCAACAUUUCUUCUUUUUCUUUCAUGGAAUAUGAGCAUCACUAGAAAGACCAGUAAAUGUUGACCAUCACUGCUGCCUUUGAAAAGGUGUUGACAAUCCACCCUCUUGCACUGCUGCAGUCCAUUUAGUAAACAUCAGGAAGACUGAGGCUACUUUCUUGCUUCCCAUCACAAAUAGAAAUGAUCGCUAUAAAUUCUGCCUCCUCCCCAGUAGUUUCAACCAAAGAGAUCUUGGUAUCCUAUUUUGGUAUCCUGAGCUUUGACCACAUAUGAUGUCAAUUAUCAAGACCACCUACUUCCUCUCAACUAUUUCGUCAGCUCCCGAAACCCUCACCCAUACCCAGAACCUUUUUGAAGGUUGGACAUAUAGAGUAAGCAGCGCUGAAAAUAU